GCCAUGUGUGUCAAUGAUCCCAGAGCCAGCUUUGAGCCUUAUUCCGCUCACUUUUCGUCUUUGUCCCGAAAUCUCAUUUCGCACUGCCGCAUCGUUUUUUUGUUUGUCCCUACACAAGAGCGAAGGUUAAAAAUAAUAAUAGUGACUAGGAAGCAUUCAGUACCAGGAUGGAUGCUUCUAGACAAUCGGCUCAGAGCAACAGCAGUAAUAAUGAACAAGUGUACGGUGCCCAUCCAGCUUCUAGAACAAUUGGGAAAGGCAAAGGCAAAGAUCUAUCCAAUUCAGGAACAGAAACUGUGUCUGGAGCUGGGAUCGAGGCUGGAGCUGGAGCGAUAUCUGAGACCGGCCUUAUAGAGUCAAUUGCUGCAUCUGCCAAGACUGUUGCUUCGACUUUUGAUCCAAGGCGGACUGAUGUUUUGAGACAACACCACACCUCUGGAAUAGGGUCAUUUGCAUCCAGUGGUACUUCUUCCAUGAGUUCCUCCGGCUCAAAAGCAACAAGUUCCUCUGCUGCCUCAAGAACUUUCCAACAUACAGCUAACGCACUGGAGACAUUAGCAAACACAAGUAGUACAUCAGCUGGUAGUAGUAGCGCUAGCAAUGCCUCAGGAUUUAGAACAACGGCCGGAUCAGGAUUAUCAUCUUCAACAUCCCAACAAACAGGAGCUGAAGAGGCCAUGAUGAACUGGGAUAGCUUUUUGGCGUCAGCAGAUUCCGACAUGAUAGACAAUGAGCCUUACAAGCCGCCAUCUAUAUCUUCAUUCGAAACCUCAUCCCUGUCAUAUUCUCAACUACCAGAAUCACAUCAGCUACAACCGCAGCUGCAUCAACAAUCUUCCUUAUUGUCAUCGCCUGAGAUGGAUCAAAUGUUUGAGUCUGUCUAUCAAACCCAUUUUUCACAGCCCAUGAACCUUACCCCUUCAAACCAUGCAGUAUUUCUCGACUAUCUAAAGUCGACUUCCAGCCCCUCGACUAUCACAACCGAGACGACGCCGGCAUUACAUACUUCGACCCUGGAGAGAGCGUGGCCGCCAUUUCAGUCAUGCCAGCAACAAUCAUUUUACCAACAACAACAAUCACUACCCUACCACCCGACCUUGAAUGGCACAAGAGAAUUCAUUCUGUCAAAUGAUAUCCAACAUCAACAGCGUAUGGAUGGAAGUGAUGUCUUGACAUUUUUAGAGUCUACGUCCUAUUCCGAUUUUGUGGAUCAGAUCGAGUCUGAGGGGAUCACUAAACAUCAAUAUGAUCGGAGACAGUUUAUCUAUAGUGAAGAAACUCUCGGUCCACAGACACGGUCAUUAUUCACUACAUUACAAAUGAUCCAAAAUCUUCCGAGUGAGCGACAGGAUAUUGUUCAGUACUUGUUACAACAAGGUACAUAUGCGGAUGAUAUUGAGAGUCAACCCUUUGGACAUGAUGUCGAGAGACAAGAAGGGAUAUCUCUGGCAGCUACACAGCAACAACAAGAUCAAUUUUUGCAACGACAACAACAACAACGGAGCAGUGACGAUGCAACAACAGAAGAGAUGGAGCGAGUUCUGAAUCAAAUCUUCCAGGAAGCUAAAACAGAGGUCAAAGACGGAGAGACGGACGGCAAGGCAUUGAAUCGACUGAUGAAGGUCCGAAGGCACAUUAGGAUGGGCACCAAACUGUAGAC